AUGGAGUCUAAGCCUGAAUCAGAGGGUAAACGGAAGCCCCGCAUCGAUCGCAACAGGAACCCCAUAGACGCUGAAGUCGAGACUGGUGGUCUUCCCGAGAAGAAGAUUUGCAGAUACAUUCAAUGUGUGCUCCUUAACGCCCAGAAUCAGCAACUAGGCGUGUGGACUGGUCUUGUCCAGUGUAUCAAGCUUGAUUUCCUCUUGAUCAUGGAUCCACAGAAGCCGCAAAUUGAUGUUCGCAUCAGCAUAAAAUGGACUGAUGAGGAAAACCAGCACUCCGACGGCCCUACGAAUCUCAAGUUCCACAUUCCAGCCGAUCAGAUCAAGAAUAUCAAGUGUUGGGCCAUCGUUGCUCCAAAUGAGAAUCAGAAUACCGAUCCAAUGCCUUUUGAGAUCGCUGCAAACACUGCCAGCGAAAAGAAUGGGAUUGUUGCUUUUAAAGAGUUUCUGCAGAUGGACUUUGGACCUCAGGAGAACAACAAUGUUUAUUCCCUCAUUCAAGCAAAGAAGCUCCAUGUUCUCACUGUCGAGAUGCAUUCCAGCGACUAUUAUGAUGAAAGAGAUGAUCGGAUUAGCACUGGCCUCUUCAACGACACCGUCAUACGGGGAUCAGACCGAGACGUUCCGACAAAUCCGUGA